AUGGCGGCGUUCCAGCGUUCCGCACGGGACCCGACGCUGAGGCGAAACACGAAGGAAGCCAUGAUGGAAGCAUACAGCAACUGCAAAUUUGAUGUAAAUCUCUGCGGCUGGAGUAGUGACCGCAUCAAAGAAGGGAAAUGGACCGUGAACGGUUCUGUUGCUCAGCUACAGUGGAUAUCAAGUUGGGGCAACGCCAAGGCGUGGAUGACGAGCCCAAAGCUGUGUGAGACAUCAUCAGAAACAGCGUGUCUGCGAAUGCGAUAUAAAAUAAACAGAAGCAGGAAACUGUAUAUAGAGCGCUGCAACCACUCAUGCGAGACACUGUGGUCAACUGAUAAAGGGACAGAAGACCAAUGGCAGGCCGUCAACGUCUCUAUUGACACGAGUGGCUCUUUCACAAUUCGUAUCACUGGAGAAAAAAGUUUUUAUCAUAGAGGUCCUCAAAUUUACGUCGACGAUGUUACUUACACGAAUACGCCAUGCAACCAGACGAGGAACACUCGAUCUCUGAACGGUACGACAACUACAAGUAACGGUCCUGACAGCUCCACCAGACCUUCACUUUCUGGCAACGGCACAGGCAUCACACCUACGACUCAAGGACCCACACAAGAAGCUGCCCUGGAGGUGGAGAGUUCUCACGAUGCAGUGGACAACGCGGUGACGACCGGUAUUGCCGCUGCUGUCGUCGCCAUCGCCAUGGUCAUUGCUGCCGUCGCUGUAGUCGCUCGAUACUACAUCAAUAGAGGCUGCUGCAACAGAAGUUUGCUUCGGAAGAAACCUUCGAUUCCAAAGUACAAUGACAAAAAUCCUCCAAUUACAGCCUCCAAUCAACUGUACAACAUAGUUGGUGAGUAUAGUGUACACAACUGCGAUCAAUGUUCCCGAUGGUCGCCAACGUCAAAGUUAUAA